AUGGCCUCACCCGACACGCAGGUAUACAACACUGUUCCCGACGUUAGCCACUACCCUGAAUGCAGCCCUUUCGAUAUGGAUCCACCACUGUACAACCUCGUCCCAGCGCCUCUGGAUAGCAUGCUGCACGAUACUCCGGAGCUACUCGCAAAUGUUCUCGCAGUCGCAGAAAGAACAAACACGAAUCUGUUUUGCACGAUGUACGGCACAAACCCACUCAAUAUUGCCGACCCGAACUUUUACCUGACGUGGUAUCCGUGGGUUGACUAUUCCGCGCCGCCACCUCUUCCCGAGGUCGCACUAUCAGAGAAUUUCCGCGUUCUCGAGCAGUUAAAUCCUAAAGGCAACUCACCCUUAUUUUUGGUUGAGCUUGAUGACCAGAAGAUGCUGCUUAAAGUGUUUCCUGACCGAGAUGCUCUCCAGGACGAGGAUACCGACGACGACGACGACGACAGCUGGGGCCGCGAUAAAAGCAAGCCAGACCCGAGGGCCCUAUUUCGGCGCGAAUGCGAAGCGUAUGCCCACCUGCUCCAUUUCGGCAUUUGCAAAAGAGGCGUAGUCCCGAAUUGCUACGGGCGAACCACACUUUCAACUGGUCACAUCAGCAAGCUCAUGGCGCUCUCGGUUGUCUCCGACACUGUGCGCGCCUUGCCGAACGAGGAGCUUCCGCCAAAGGGCAUUCUCAUUGAGUAUCUCGCUAACGCGGAACGGCUUUCCCAUCGAAACAUUACGCCCGAGAUAGCGCAGGCCGCGCUGCGAGCCCUGAACGUUGUGCAUACAGGGAACGUUCUCCACGGCGACGUUCACCAACGCAACAUUCUGCUGCUCCCCGACAAACGAGUCGUCUGGAUUGACUUUGACUGCUCGUGUUGCGUGAGUAGCCGCCGCUUGAUGCGUCAGGAUUUCGUGAGGGAGUUGAGAGACGCAUGGUCAUACUUUUAUGAACGACUAGUAAGCUUUGCGAACCUGAAAUAUUGA